UUAGACGGAACCGAGGUAGUAUUAAUUUUUUUUUUUUUUGUUAUGAUCAUAAGACUUGGAAAACAGUGUAUUUUAGAUGGAACAAAAAUGUGCUCGUAAAAUAUUUAUUACAUAAGAAAGCGUGUAUAGUUAAAAAAAAGUAAUCAGAACCCAACUGAUAUUAUAAUCAUAUAUUACUGGAUACAAGGAGCGAAUGAAAUAAUUUUUAAUUUUUUUAACUGAUACAUGCUUGUUACAAAGUUGUAAGUUAAAUAUUUCAUAAUGCAGCCGUAAUGCGUAGCGUUUCGGCGAAAAAUAUUUACAAGUUGAACGGUAAGAUGAAAGACAUGAAAUAGAUAUUGUUCCACCAUGGACUUACUGAAAUUUCAUGAAGGUCCCAAAAGUAUUAUCUUAUCGAGUACGUAUACAACCUUUCUGUGACAAGUCGAGACAUUUGUAAAACUAUCCGAAUUCGAUAGAUUACUGAAAAAUGACUCACGAACGACCCGUUUGUCAGUAUUGACGGGCUCAUAAAUUUGUGCAAACAAUUCUUUUAACGUUCAUUAAUCAUGCGGUUGUUAUACAUCGGUCGCGAGAAGGACGCAUCGUGAUAAUGCUAGCUCGUUUGGUGGAUGGUACAUUUAUUUUGACUUCUAAAAUCACGAAAUGAAAUGAUCAAAUAAAAUAUUUUCGUUGAACGGGGAGGGAGGGCGCUCGUGCCCUUUUGGGCCCCUUUACGUUCGCUACCAUUCCUACACUUUACCGACUGAUAACAAUUAGACAUUAGAAUCGCUUUUGAAUUAAUAUUUAUAUAAUAUUUCAUAACUGGGUUCAUUCAAUGUUAUAUCGAUAAUAGAUAACAAUUGUUACAUAAUCACAAUUACUCGAUCACUGAACCUAAUUUCUCACGGCGAUAGACGAUCGAAUUAAUGGUAAAUCGACGACAAUGUUCGACGAUUAAAUUAAUCUAUGAGAAUCAUGAAGUUAUAAAAUACUUUCGAGCACCUGUUAGAUAACUCGGCCAUGUCGUCCAGCAAAAAUCAACACAUUUUUCAGAUAAAAAUUCACUUCGAUAUAUUGUAAUAUAAUCGCUUAAAAUGUUAAUAAUUUUGUAGCUUCACAGCUAUUAUGCAGCAAUUACACGGUUUAACGACUGACGAUUACGGUUACACAGUCAUUAAGAGGUAAUUAGUUCAUUACCGUGUAAUUACUGUAUGAUCACUUUGUGGCAAAUGCAAUUAGAUAACAUUUCGUCAAAAAUAUUUUAAGGUAGAAAAUACGAAAGAAAGCAGUAUGGGGAUGGGUUCCAACAGGACCUCAGAUAAUAAUACGUUUUCCAGCAAGAACAGUUCAACUACUUUAAACCUUACUGUACAAGAAACAUUAUGAAUGAAAUAAAUAAACUUUACACACUUGUUAACUAGACUUACAAUGAACCUAUCGACAUUUCAUUUCUACCUAAACUGGUCUUAAAGACAAACCUCGACUACUUUGUUUUACUUCAUGAAGUAACGUUCACGAAGUUACUGAGAUCGCAAAAAGAACGGACCGCGCGAUGGCUACCGAUCGUCAAAGAUAUCGGGCCCCGUCGACGAGGGCAUGGCAAUAGUAUCUCUUAUCAGGGGAACCAUCGUGCGGCUGUAAAAAUAAGCGACUAGCUGACCCGUCAACACUUCAGUCUUGUUCUGGACAUCUUCCGAUAACGUCGCGACGCUGUCUUCGAUCUGGCUCGAGGACACGAGGAAGCCAGCUCGUUUCGUCGCGUUUCCGUCGCGCGGAUACAACCGAGAGCCAGCCGAUCGAAGGGAGACCACAUCGGGACACGGGUCGCGCGAUGGACGUUUGAAUUAAAAAAAAUCGCUCGUUUCUGUCCUGGUGAAUCGUCCUAGGUACGCGACAACCUGUGCUCGUUCCCAAGUGUCCAGUUGAACCAUCGACGAAAUGAAGCUCGAGGGCCAAGAAAACGGAAAGGUCGAGCUGAAGCGAGAGCUAGGUCUCUUCAGCGCAGUGAGCAUCAUACUGGCUGUCAUGAUCGGUUCUGGGAUCUUCGUAUCGCCGACCAGCGCUCUGGAGAGAUCGGGAUCCGUGGGUUUCUGUCUGAUAGUCUGGGCCAGUUGCGGAGUGCUCUCUUUGCUGGGAGCACUCGCGUUCGCUGAAUUGAGCACGGUGGUCCCACGGUCCGGUGCCGAGUACGCUUACUUCAUCGAGGCGUUCACACCCCUGCACCGAUACGCCGGCCAGAUUCCAGCCUUCAUCUGCUCCUGGGUCUAUGUGGUUCUGCUACGACCUGCGGAAGUGGCGGUGGUUAUGCUAACGUUCGCGGAAUAUAGCGUGCAACCAUUCUCUACUUACUUGAACGAUCUGCCGGACGAGUCGAUGCAGCAACUGAAGAAGUUCAUAGCGGUGUUGGCGUUGGGCUUAAUCACGUACAUCAACCUGACCAGCGUGAAGCUGUACGUGAAGGUCCAGAAUGUGUUCACGGUGUGCAAGGUGGUAGCCUGUAUAGUUGUGAUCGGAGGUGGAAUUUGGUGGCUGUGCACGGGACAUACGAAGUUGUUGGAGCAUCCGUUUCGCGGUAGCACCACAUCCGCUGGCGACAUAGCGUUGGCGUUCUACAGCGGUCUGUGGGCUUACGACGGCUGGACGUCGGCUGCCGUCGUUACCGAGGAGAUCCAAAAACCUGAAGUCAAUAUACUAAGGAGUAUUCUGAUCGGCGUGCCACUGAUCACCGUAUUAUACGUCUCGAUGAACUUGAUGUACAUGGCUGCGCUGACGAUGCCGGAAAUGGUCGGUGCACCGGCAGUCGCGGUCCUCUGGGCGGACAGAGUCCUGCCUGCCUGGCUGGGAUUCACGAUUCCUCUGGGCGUCGCCCUGUCCACUUUUGGAUGCAGUCUCAGCAUUCAGUUCGGGGUGUCCAGGCUCUGCUACGUCGCUGGAAGGGAGGGUCACGUACCUCGCGUGUUCAGCUACGUCCACAUGGAGAAGAUGACUCCAGCCGCGGCUGUGGCCUUCCAAGCGUUGCUUACUCUGGUUUGCUUGCUCUUGGGAGACAUAAUUGCCCUCAUCGAGUUCGCGAGCUUUUUGACUUGGGUAUUUUACGGGCUCGCCAUGGUGUCGUUGUUAAUUAUGAGAAGGACGAAACCGGAUGCCCCUAGACCGUACAGAGUGCCGACUGCGAUACCGUGGCUGGUGUUAUGCGUUUCCAUUUUCCUAGCCGUGACGCCGAUUGUGCACGAACCGUCGCCCAAAUAUCUGGCCGCGUUACUGUUUAUUCUCUUCGGUCUCGUUGUUUAUCACGUGUACGUGUACAAGAAGAUCGGGAGCGUUUUGGCAGCGAGAAUCACGUACCUGAUCCAAGUCUUAUGCUUAGUCGUUGCUCCUGAUAAAGAAGACUGAUGCGAAAUAAUCUUACGCUUCGUAUUUAAUGUAAACAGCGGUGUACCGUUUAUUUACACUGUGCUAAAAUUUUAGAACACGGAUUAGGUCUGGGUAUAUUUAAUAAUUUAAAAGAAUGAGAUUGUUGUUUUCCUUGAUCGUAGUCAUUAUUAAAGACAUCAGAAUUACAGACCUUAUAUGAUAAACGUAGUAGACGAGCUGCAUCGUACAACGUCGAAUAACAUUUUCAUUAAUUUUAUAUUUUUUAAUUAAAAGUCUUCCGUAUCAACAUAAAACGUAGAAAUUAGUCCAAAAAGUAUAACAAUUCUUUUUUUAUAUAUAAAUAUAUAUUGUGCAGUAUUGUAAACGUUUCAUAAAGUAACCAUUGAGAUAUAAUAAAUAUUGACUAUAUUACAGAGUUUAAUGUAUAAUAAAUUUUCAAUAUAAUUUACAGGAGUUUCAAAUAUUUAUUAUAUCUGUACAUAAAUGUAUUUUAAAUGUCAUAAUAUCGUAAUAUCUAGUUCUUCUGGUAAUAUUGUUGUUGUAAUAUUACGAAUGUCAAUUAUAAUUCUCACAACAAUAUCGUUGCAUAACUAUGCAAACACGAUGUAAAAGUACUAAAAAAUAUAUCGAAUUUUAUAAAGUACCAAAGUAGAUCAACUCACUUUGGCGUGUAUUCGUAAUCAAGCUGUAAUAGUAUUUUAUUCUAUGACAAUUUUCUUGUCAAUUUGAAAGCACUUUGACUACUAAAUACACGAUAUAAAUAGAGAUUCAUGUAUUAUAGAUGUAAGGCACUUGUAUAAGGCUUUCAUGUAAUAAUGGAAGUUGCAUUCAAUGCUGGGAAAGCUCAAUGUACUUAUUAUGCUAAGAAAUCUUCUACGUAUCACUUAACAUUGUUUUGUAUAAAUUAAUAUAAUCAAGAACGAAUGGAAUUGUGCCAUACAAUUAAAAAUAUAAAAUACACUAGCGAUAUCUAAUAUCUCCUUUUUAACAAAUAUCAUUAAAAUAACAGAUCUUUAUGUCAUAGCAAUAUAUAAAUAGAACUUAUACGGUACAACUGAAGUUACCUAAUUAUACCAGUCUCUAGAUAAUAUAGUUUUACUGAUAUCAACUUAUGAGAUUCAAAUUAAUGAGAAAUCGUUAUUGAGAUGCACCACAUUUUAGGCAGGUUUGUUUUUCACUGAAACAUCGAUUCAAUGCUUCAGAUAUUUGUUUGAAAGAGCAUUAUAUAUCUUUUACUAUA